UCCUGCAGACCGCACGACGAUCGACACAGUAUCACGCGCGUCUCGCCACUGCAACAUCAACAGGUCUACGCAUAGAACACGUGAUGGUCACCACCGCCGCGACGUCGGGUUACCGCGGUCGUGGUUUGCGGACGUCCAACGGUCGCCGUCCGGUGGCGGAGGUCUUGAUGGCUGUAUCCAUGCUGGCGCUGGGCCUGUUGUCGCUGGUCGGGCCGAUGGUCGACUGUCGACGAGCCGACAAGCGCAGACACCACUGGAAGGUGACCGUGAUCAAAAACCAUUUGAAAAAUCACAAGAGUCUCGAGGGAAUGGUGCGGCUGGUUGAUGGCGAAUCCGAAUAUGAAGGUAACGUGGAGAUCAUGCACCUGGGAAAAUGGGGCGCCAUCUGCGAUGACGAAUGGGACUCGAGAGAAGGCCAAGUGGUGUGCAGACAAUUGGGCUACAACGGCACGUCUAGGGUCACGCACAGUUCGCACUUCGGACAAACGGCCAGAAAGUACUGGAUGGACAACACUCAGUGCGGCGGCCAAGAGCUGGAAAUUGCCGAGUGCCGGUUCGACAGUUGGGGCGAGAACGACUGCGACCCUUCAGAAGCCGCGGGCGUGGUGUGCGAAUCGUCUGAACCGGAAAAGCCCAAAAUAUACCCUGUGCCCGCGGUGUCGGUGGCGACGAAAAAAGUCAUCCAAAAGUACAGGAUCAAAGAUACUUCGGGAUCGGACAUCGAAUUGCGACUUGUCGGAGGCAGGACAUCGGACGAAGGCAGAGUGGAAGCCAAGACCAAUGACGGCUGGGGCGUGAUAUGCGGUGACGGGUUUGGAGUGCUCGAAGCGUUGGUCGUGUGCCGUUCCGUCGGGCUCGGGUACGCAGCAGCCGCCUUCCAGACGGACCGGUUCGGAGGGUUGGACCUUCCAGUCGUGCUGUCGGCAGUCGAAUGCGCCGGGAACGAGUCGUCGCUUGCCGGCUGCUAUCACCAGCACAAGGCCACGUGCUCCACCAGGAAGGAGACGGUGGCCGCGGUGGUGUGCACACGGGAGAUGGCCGACUUGGAGGUGAACGCCGACGAACUGAUGAGAUCGGCGUACCUGGAGGACAGGCAGAUGUACUUCUUGCAGUGCGCCAUGGAGGAGAACUGCCUGGCGUCGUCUGCGUACCAGCUCCGUCGAGACGAGACCGAUUGGCACCUGAUCACCCGACGGCUGCUGCGGUUCACCGCUAAAAUCACGAACGUCGGCACCGCCCCGUUCCGGCCGGCCGUGCCCAAACAUCUGUGGCAGUUUCAUCAGUGUCACAUGCACUACCACAGCAUGGAAGUGUUCGCCACGUUCGACGUGCUGGACGGCGGCGGAAUGAAAGUGGCCGAGGGGCAUAAGGCGUCGUUUUGUCUGGAAGACAAUCAGUGCACGGGCGGUGCCAAGCCGGGAUUCGCGUGCGCGGACUACGGUGACCAGGGCAUAUCGGUCAACUGUUCGGACAUUUACCGGCACAACAUCGACUGUCAGUGGGUCGACGUGACCGACCUGAACCCGGGGCUGUACACGCUCAAGGUGUCCGUCAAUCCAGAGCACAAAAUCCCGGAGGUGACGUACACCAACAAUGCGGCGGUGUGCUCGAUGUUCUACUCCGAGACUUUCGUGAAAAUCCACGACUGCGUCCUACAAAACCCGUGACAGACCGACGGAAGUUUCGCCACCGCCGACGAUCGGUGAUAAAAAAACAAAAAAAAAUCACAAUUGUUAUUGUCGCGUGUGCACCCGAAUAAUAAUAAUAAUAAUAUUAAUAUAUUGAUGUCAUAUUAUCAUACCUAAAGUAAUAAACGUACUGUGACGAUAAAAAUGCGUCGUACCGAAUUAUGGCACCCAAUAUUCGUCGAUGUCGUUCGAUGACUAUACCGUUCGUUUGCUCCGUCAAUGUUAUUAUAAUAUUUUAAGUUCACAUAUUUAGCGGUCUCAGGUGCGCUCGCAUCCGGAGGACAAUCUUAUUAUAUAAUAAUAAUAAUAACACUAUACAUGCACCGACUUCGGAUUAUAACAAUAUAAUAUCAUAAAAUCACGAUUUUGUACUGUAUUUUAAGAAAUUGCGUGGACAGAAAACGGGCCUACAGUGUACAUAACAUAAAUAACCCAGUAAUGUGCACGUUUUAUUAAUGUCAGUACCGUACGUAUAUUAUUGUGAAUUUAUUUUCAAUUUAAUA